CGAGUCAUUGACUUGACUAGCCCAAUUAUGCUUCUUGCCCGCACAAGAACACAACAACAGCAACAACUUAAGCUGGCUGUGUUUGUUUCUUUUCUUUUCUUUUCUUCAACUCUAUUACUUGGUCUCUCUCUGAAACCCGCAAGACACGUUCACACCACACCCAGUUUCGAUCUUAAAUAUAUCAAGUUACAUCAAUUAAGGUUGUUUGCUUCAUUUGGCUUCCUAUUUGGUUGGUGAGCUGACCCUGCAAGCCGUGCAGAGACUUCAAUCGGAGUCUUUCUCUUCGUGCAAUGGCUUAAGUGGGUCAUCUCUUCUCAGAAUCUGGAUGCCAAAAACAAAGUGUAGUUGCGGUCAGGUUCCAAUGAAGUGUUUUGCAUUUUACUUUGGGGAGAGGAAGGCUGGUCCCAAGGGCUUGCAGUCAUUGUCGGGUCGGUCCAACAGUUCUACAUAUGUUGAGGCUGAGAUGAGAAGAUCUGGUUCUGAAUUGAACUCUAUGGAUGCCUCGGACAACAGCACAGAUUCCCAAAGGAGAAGUGCAUUUCCCAGUUUGUCCCAAAGACCCAGCAACCUCAGAGUAUUUACAGUAUCUGAGCUAAAAACUGCCACAAAGAAUUUUAGUCGCUCUGUCAUGCUUGGAGAGGGUGGUUUUGGGUGUGUAUACAAGGGGUUGCUCAAGAGUGUAGAUGAUCCUUCCACAAAAAUUGAAGUUGCGGUUAAACAGCUUGGUAGAAGAGGAAUUCAGGCAAGGUUUUGCCUUUUAUGUUUUCCUCUUAAGAAGCAUUUUGAAUAACUGAUUCAUUGCUAAGAUGACUAAGAGUCUGUUUAUGU